AUGACGAAUCCUGUCGAACCAGCAAUACAUUCGACAGAUCAGGUCAUUCUUUCUCGUAUAACAAGAAUGGCUGGCAUACCAGAAGAACUCAGGAAAAAGAUUGUUAUGUUUAAACAAAGUUUUAUUAACUCAUCAAAUUCAAUUGUAAGACAAAGACAAAAUCUUGCCGCAAGUAUUGCAAAAUAUAAAGAAAAAAGUCGGAGCUGUACCAUUCAUAAGACUCAAAUUCAGCAUCUUCAAGUAGAUCUUGAAAGAGUUUUGCAAGAAAUCGAAGAUCUCAAAUUUAACUCUGCAGACGUACUUCACUUACGAGAUCAAAUCGAAGAACAACAAAAAAUUGUCGAUCAAAUGAAUCAUCUUCUCGAAGAAACAAUAUCACAAAAAGAGAAAGCAGAAACAAACAGAAAAAUGAAAAUACAAGAAAUUGAGCAGAUUAAGCAACAAAAAAUCAUUGUAAACGGUACACUUAAUGCUCAAUGGGAUAAACACUCCGAAUUAACUAAAAAACUUGGUGAUAAUGAAACGCAAGCUCAGCAAUUACGUAACUCAAAUGAAGAGCGUCAACGCGCAAUUUCUACAAUGGAAGCAAAUGCAGAAGAAUGGCGUAGAAAUAUGAACAAAAAAGAGACUCAAAUUGACGAAGAAAUUUCUAAAUUGCAGAAAGAAAUAUCUUCAGUUGAAACACAAAUCAACGAUGUAUCAAGUGAAAAGAAUGAAGCCAUAUCAAGCUAUCAGCAUCAAAUCGCAACAUUAAAUGCAGAAAUCGAUGCUCACAACGAGAAAAUCAAAGAACAAGUCAAAGAAAUUGGUUCAAUGAAAGCAAAUAUUGAACACAUUGUUGAACAAAGCCAAAGACUCAAAGAAGAAUCACAACAAGCAGGCGAAGAACUUGCAGAAAGGAAGAAGGAACUUGCUACUUUAAUGGGCGAACUUGCAACAAGAAUGAGUCUUCCAGAAACGCAAACAAAAGAAAUUGCAAAUCUUGAACUUGACAAUAGACAACUUAAAACGAGAGUUGAUGAACUGAAAACAAUGUGGCAGACAUCAACAGAUGAAGUCGAAGAACUCGCGGAUAAAAUUAGCCGUGCAAAGAUUGCAAAAUAUGAUCCAGCAGCACAAGAAGCAGCAAUCAGAGAAAGAAUUCUUAGAGAUUCGGCAAUAAGAGUUCAAGAAAUUGUUGAUUCUGCAAUGAAAAUGUUAACUUGCCCUGAAUGUGGAAAAAUAUUAGAAGUUCCUGUUACUUUGGUUCCUUGCGGACAUUGCGUGUGCUAUUCUCAUAAAUAUCAGCAGAAUGCUGUUACUAGAUUGUGCCCAAAGUGUGGUGAAUGCGUUGUUUGUGCUUAUGUUGAUAACUCGCUUGCUGUUGUUUUGUCGAAGUUCAUUUAUAUCAAGGAUAUUUUAUCAAUGCUAAGUAAGUGA